CAUAUCUUUAGCAAGAGUCGUCUUUCUAUAUAUAUAUAUAUAAAGAGAGAGAGAGAGAGAGAGUUGUGUGGUCUCUAGGCUAAACUGUUUCUCUUGCUCUCGAAGAUUCAAAGGCACCAGCCCCAUGAAGGAAACAUGGAGAUAUCUAGCAGGCAUUGCAGGCCCAAGUGGUUAUGGCUCAAAUUCAACUGCUGAGCAAGUUAUUCAAGAUUCUGCUUGCUUUGUCCCUCCCCAUUUAACUGCCAUCAUCACUGGGGCUACAUCAGGUAUUGGAGUGGAAACAGCAAGAGCACUAGCUAAAAAGGGUAUGAGAAUAGUGAUUCCAGCAAGGGACUUGAAAAAGGCAGCUGGAGUAAAGGAAGUGAUACAAAAAGAGAGUCCAAAUUCAGAGAUAAUAAUAUUUGAGACUGAUAUGAGCUCGUUUGUUUCUGUGAAGAGAUUUUGUUCUGGUUUUCUUGCUCUUGGACUACCCCUUAACAUCCUCAUAAAUAAUGCUGGCAUAUACUCUCAGAAAUUGGAGUUCUCUGAAGACAAAAUCGAAAUGACAAUUGCUACAAAUUACUUGGGGCAUUAUUUGAUGACAGAGCUGCUGCUAGAGAAAAUGAUAGAAACAGCAGAGCAGACAGGCAUCCAAGGAAGAAUAAUAAAUCUCUCGUCUGUAAUUCACAGCUGGGUGAAGAGAGACACUUUUUGCCUCCAGAAAAUGCUAAGCCCGAAGAACUAUGAUGGGACACGUGCAUAUUCUCAAUCCAAAUUGGCUAAUAUAUUGCAUGUCAAGGAAAUAGCCAGACAGCUCAGGGCAAGGAAUGCAAGAGUAACUAUCAACGCGGUACAUCCAGGCAUUGUGAAGACUGGAAUAUUGAGAGCUAGUUAUAAGGGCUUUCUCACUGAUUCCCUUUACUUCAUUGCGUCCAAGUUACUAAAAUCAACAUCUCAGGGUGCAUCAACCACAUGUUAUGUUGCUUUGAGUCAGCAAAUAGAAGGUGUGAGUGGCAAAUACUUCGCAGACUGUAAUGAAAGUAAAUGUUCAACUCUGGCAAAUGAUGAAUCUGAAGCACAGAAACUGUGGAUGCAAACCCAUGCACUGAUGCAGAGAUAUCUGUAUCUACCGGCAGCAUAGCAUGCUCUUCCUUGUGAUGAGAGUACAUAUUUAGGAUCCAUGCAUAUCUACAAGUUAUAAAUUCUAUCCGAUGUACAUAUACUUAAGAAAGGGAUUUUAUAAGAGUAGGAGCUAAUAAAAAAAAAGAGCAAAGGAUAAUUCAAAGUUGACAAGUUUAAAUAACGAGAUAGGGAUGGCACAUCAUUGUAUAAUAGAGUGGAUAUGAGAUUUAGUUCAAUUUAUGACAUUAAUAAAAGGGACUAUUUCCUUC